AUAGUGUGACGGUGAAAGACCUUGCAGGAGAUGUAACCUGGACGCCGCACUGUGCUCUUACAGAGCUCAAAGGAAACCUCUUUCUGCUAGUGCUACUCAAAGAUACAUGAACCUGCUCGUCCAACAGCAUUCAGCAUUGACGGCGGGCGUUCUCGCACUAUAUUCAAAUCUGCUCAACGGAGAACGCUGGGAGGGCCUCCCAGUCAUGGAAGUCGAUGGAAGUCCUAGCGUUCACUGCAUACUCGAACGACUUGGAGUGAUUACAGCCGAUGAAGAAUUCGACGAAACGCUCGGUACUGUCGACAAUUACGAGAAUAUACAGCUCCUGCCUAUCAGAGAGAUACACGUCGUACCCAAAACCCAAAAGGGCACGAAGUCAUCCAACAAAAGUCGACAAGGAGGUAUUCCGCCGCUGUCAGCAACUUCCUCGUCAAGCACUGUUCCAAAAACAUCAUCGUCAGCCUGGCACGAUCUGGACAACAAGGUCUCAAGCAUCGCACACACAUCUGAAGUCAGCAGCUCGCCGUCAGGCCAGGGAUCGCAAUCACUAUCUCCUACAUUCGAGGCCACCAGCUGCAGUACACCAUCGACAGAUGAUCCCACCAGCUUUGCCGGAGGGGUAUUUCUUAGCCCAACGGUGCCUACGACCACAUUGUGCGAUGGCCUCAGCCAGGAUCAGAUAAUUUCCGACCCGACUACGUUUGCCGAACUGCACUCAUCCAACCUCGCUGCGGAGGGAUACGUGAUGAACUCAAUUCCCGCAAUGCCGAUGGGUACAAAGACCGUGUUUGAGAAUGGGUAUGAGACAUAUGGCGCAGAAAACUUUGCAGACGCAACGUGCGGAAUGGCUUUUUACGACCGCGAGAGUAUGUAUGGUAAUGGGACUGCGGCACUGCCGAGCACGAUACCGCAAGAUUACAGUCAGUGGAUACCCGGAGUACUGCUGUGAGGGAUGCCAUAGCCCAGACCUAAGCAAAUAUCUUUGUAAGACUGACUAUUCUACCUGAUCCCAAUGACGUUAUGGAUGUAGGGCUUGUACAUGUGUCGCCUACCACAACCGCU